CGAGCGCCGCCCAUGAGCGCGAGCGAUAGUUCAACACUUUAUUUCAACUGGAUCCCGCCACACACCGUUAAUAAUUCACCAACUCGGAAUGAACGCUAACUACUGCUCGUCUGACGGAUGAAAAUAAAGCAGCACAUAUCCGGAUUGUUAUAGCGCAACAAAAACUAAAUAGCAAACUUCACCCAAAGGGUGUGCUGAUUUGUCUUCAGAGGGGCAACAGAAGGCUCCCUAAAAUGACCCAAUCGGUGCACAUAACAUCCAAACUCCCAAAUCUGAGUGCUCCUUUACAUUGCUCUACUGAGGAAGAAACAGAUCAAGGUGGCUCCUAUUCUGUACAGACACCCUACGGAUUCCAGCUGGACCUUGAUUUUCUCAAGUAUGUUGAAGAAAUCGAGAGUGGACACAGCAUUCGUAGAGCUAAUGUGAACCCUCGGAGGGGAUCUCGGGGUGACCGCGGGCACCAGCGGAAUUUGGGUAUUGGGGGUCGGACCAGUGGAUGGACCUCCACUGAAUCCCUUUCCUCAACAACCAGUGAGAAUGGCCAGACUAACCAACCUUUUCUCCAGAGCACAAUUACAUCACCUAGUAAAUCCCAACCACUUUCUCCAUUACCAGUGGUCAGUCCCAGUCAAACUACUUGGUCCAAAGUGCCACCACCACCUCCACCACGCAACCCUAGGGUAGAGAGAACACUUCUUGAAACUAGCCUCCGUCUGCAACAGGAGCAGAGUCAGUUUUCAAAUGGUUUAGGCUCCAAUUUGUCCGACCUUUCCAAAGUGAGUUCCAAAGCCAGGGACUUCUCUGUAGCUUCUUCCCAGCUUGCUUCAGAUGCUCACUUGCUACAGACAUCUCCUGUUGUGCAGACCCCCCUUUCUGGGAUCUGGACCAGAGCAAGUCCUCAGACAUCUGGAAGGAGCACUCCAGCCUCCAACUCAGGAACUUUGCCUCCUGUGCAGCUUCAGACAGUGCGGGAACAGAUGGCCACAGCCCUUCGGCAGCUGAGAGAGAUGGAAGAGAGAGUGAAAGGAGUAGCAGCUCUAGAAAGAGAAGUUGCCACGAUCCGUGCAGAAAAGGAAAGGUUGGCUCUGGAACUUCGAAAGAAAACAGAAGAACUUGAUUCAACGCUCAAACUACAAGUCUCCACUGAUUCAGUAGUCGAAGCCGUUAAACCAGGAUCCCUAACAUCGCCUUCACCUUGGAAUAAAAGGCCAGAAAGCAAAAGUGAUGAACAAGAUAACAAGCAAACCAGCUCUCCUGUAGAAAAAAUAUCCAUAGCAGUAGGUAGUGACAUUCCACUUGAGUCUGUGAUAGUCCUCAACCGUCAAGCACUCAAGGAUGCUGCUGUCGAAACUACUAUUGAUGUUUGUCAUGCAGCUAUUGCGACUGAGGCUACUGUCAUGCAUGAUGAGGGAAUUCAGACUGGAGUGGAUACAGAAGAAGUGGCAGUCUGGGUAACAGAGUCAUUUCUAGGGCUAAAAAGUGAGACAGAACGAGAAAUUGAUAACUUCCAGCACACAAUCAAAUUUCAACAAGAAUCAAUCCAGGUCCUUGAGACAAGAUUAACUCAGACUAGCCAAGAUCUUGAAACUUUAAGGGCUCAGGAACUUGAGAGGACGUCCAAGAUUAUGUUGGACAAAGAGACAAUAGCAAAACCAGAGACAGUCAAUACCCAACUGCAAACAUGUCCAGCUGAAGUUUGUUCAGUCGGAGUGUUGUUUCCAGAUGUGACUGACCCGGAGUACGUUUCAAAAAAUGACCAAAGCAUUCAAACAGAUCCUGUGGAAUCUUCAAAGGAGAAAACUGUGGAGUUAGUAAGCAUUGGUAUCCAGUGGGAAUGUCUCUACGUCACUGAUACACAAGACAGUGAAGAACAGACAACUUCUGCAGAGAUUGCAGGCCCUCUAAAAUCUAUCAUGAAGAGGAAGGAUGGGAGUGGUGCUGGUGCUGCUUCCAGUGGUGGGAAAAAGAGCUUGAAGUUCGUUGGAAUUCUAAAUGGAGGAUAUGAGUCGACUUCUAGUGAAGAAGAUGAAGAAGAGGAUGAAGAGAGUUCCUCUGAUGGAAGUGAGGCUGGUGCAUGUUCAGACAGCAGCGUGGAAGAAGAGGCAGCUCUAGAGGAUACAUCGGAGGAAGACAUGAAUAUAAAUGUGGAUGAAACUGAUAGUGAUGAAAACAUGCCAGCUGGGACUGAAGAUUUAAAGGAUCAGGCAGACAAAGUGAAGGAAAAGUUUGAAUUAAGUGCCAAAAUGCGUGAGGCUUGUCUAAUUGUGAAGAACCACCUUAAUGAUGGAGCCAAAACAGUGAAGAGUAAAGAAGUGUUGUCCAGCACUCAUACCGUUCAGCUGGAGUGGUUCCGAGUUUCCAGUGCAAAGAUGAUCCAGCCAUUACGUGUGUCAAACUACCUGAUGGCUUUCUCAGAGGUCUCCCCCAUCCUUCUAGAACACAUAGUCAACAUGACCGACGGCAACGGCAACACUGCGUUACACUACAGCGUCUCCCAUUCCAACUUCACCGUUGUGGACCUGCUGCUUGACACAGGCAUGUGCAAUGUUGAUCAGCAGAAUAAAGCCGGAUAUACAGCUGUGAUGCUGGCAGCCCUUUCAGCAGUGAAGGAAGAGGACGACAUGGCAGUCGUCCAGAAACUCUUCCGUCUGGGCAACGUCAAUGCCAAGGCGAGCCAAGCAGGACAGACGGCUUUGAUGCUGGCCGUGAGUCAUGGGCGGCAGGAGAUGGUGCGAGCGCUGCUUGAUUGUGGUGCAAAUGUGAACAUCCAAGAUGACGAGGGCUCCACUGCUCUGAUGUGUGCAAGUGAACACGGUCGAGCUGAGAUCGUCUCCUUGCUGCUGGAACAGCCGGGGUGUGACAUUUCUGUAGUGGACAAUGAUGGCAGUAAUGCUCUCUCCAUUGCCCUGGAGGCAUCCCACAAUGACAUUGCAGUUCUACUGUAUGCCCACAUGAACUACUCUAAAACACAGGCAGAAGUAUCACCUAAAGCCGGUCCUAGAAAAACAUGGCCCUCAGAGUGACAUGAUGUGUGGACACAUUAAGUACAAAAAGGAUAUAACCAUACUAGAAGAUUAAUAAUGUCUAUGUUACAAGUUUAUAUUUAUUCACUGAAUACUUUUUUUAUCCACGUUUUAUGCUCUAUACCGCAACAUUACUAUGUAAAAUAUUAUGCAAACAUUAAUGUACGUAAGAUCAAGAAUUUUACUUACUUUUAAUCUUGGUGUAUUUACUAUAGUAAAUGUAUUGUUCUACCAUGAUAUCGUGUUUAAAUAAGCAAACAAGGUAUUUGGGAUGAUCACAGCUUAGCUGUAAUGUUAUUGUGAUUUACAAAGGUCACAAACUGAACAUUUGAUUUGAUUAUUGGUUUAACUUUGGCUCUGCUCAGAAAUAGUCAUGUGCAAAUCAUAACAACAUAAUAACGUGUCCUGCUGUUCAGAUACGAGGACGAAGUAUUGCAGCAAAUUAGGGUGAAUCCUUCAUCCUACGUUUGAGAAACUCAACCCCUCAAUAAUCAUUAAUCUCACGCAUUGUGGCUUCAACCUGUGACCGCUGUAAUUACAUGCUGUUUGAAAAAAGGGCAACAGAAAACACCUACAUGGACUCCACCCUUGUUUUCUACCACAGUUAGACAUGUAUUUUUAUCCUCCAAUCUAAUUGGAUAAAGCUCAGAGUCAGCCAUUACAUACAUAAUCAGUCAUGUCUGGAUUUGACGGUGGUAUUGCCCUUGUGAUCUGUUCUUUGAACUAAAAGGACAUAGUCUGGCUUUUGAAAAGAGAGAUAUGGACCAAAUCACAGAAGGGUUAAACAUAAUUGAACUUCAAAACCGAAGAAAUGAUAUCAGUCAGGAAUACCUCCAAAACAUUUUGAGAAAUCAAAACAAGUGACAUUCGAAAGAAAAAUAGCAAGCUUAAAAUCAUGAUAGUUAAUGUGAUUAACUAAUCUGUGUUUACUCUGUUAGGACACCUACGUAAGAUUUCUUUAUACUUAUUUGCGGUCCGUGAGAGUUUGCUUGGUUCACUAACGUCAAUACACUGAUAACUGAACUCAGCACUUUACACAAAUUAAGAAACCAGGUGUUGAGUUAAAUACCUGUAAAAGUCUUAAACUAAACUAGAACGUUUACUGUAGAUUUCAAAUACAGACAAUCUUUAACGUUGUCCAAAGAUGCUGCAGCAACACUGUAAGCAGGCAAACAUCUUUUGGUUGCUCAUUUAAACAUAUUUUGAUGUAUUCAAAUUGUACUAUUUUUUUUUAACCAUACUUAAGUAUGGUUUUGUAUCAUUUUAGGUCUGUCUGUAUUUUUGUUUGUCUAUUUUAUAUUGUAUUAAUGCUUUGUUUAACUGACCGUAUCAUGCUAUGCAGCUUUUGCUAUUUAAGUUAGCAUUUUUAAAUGUACAAUUAAAGGAACAUUAUUUAAUGCCA